GGUAAACCACGUGACUCCUCCCUCUUCAUGUAGGUUGGGAGUAGCUCAGAGAACCAGAGGGAAGCCAACAGUUAUCCGGCUCAGGGCAUCACACAGAGUUUGAGGAAGAGGAAAAGUUUGAUCAGCAGUAAAGUCAAGAUCCACUUGUUAGAUUUCUCCUGCAUCUCCAGGCCUUUGCUGUUUGUUCAGGAAGCUGAGGGCGAUUAAACCGGAGCAGAAAAAGAGGAAGAGGAUGUCUGCUGCAAAACUGAUCUCAUCUGUGUUUCUCUCCGUUUGUUUCCAGACAUGUCUGAACUCUGCAGGUCCCUAAAUGUUACACACUGGACCUGAGUUAUUACUUAUUUCCUGUACUGAGAUGUGUCUCCAAGUCUUUGUAACAUCAUCAUCUCUGUUAUUUCAGGUCAUGGGAUGCUCUGUGAGCUAAAAGUGAAGCCUGGAGAAGACGUCACUCUUCACUGUCAGGGUCCCAGAGACGCUGCCAUUUCAGAGUUAAAGUGGAGCAGACCUGAUCUGGAGUCAGAGCGUUAUGUGUUGUACUUCAGAGAGAACCAGUUACAUGUCAAAGACCAGCAUCUAUCUUUUCGUGGUCGAGUGGAGCUGAGAGAUCGAGAGAUGAAGUACGGAGACGCCUCUGUGAUUCUGAAGAACGUCACCAUCAAAGACACUGGAAGAUACGAGUGUUAUGUUAGAAAAACAGGAAGCCGUCCUGAGCUCAUCAGCACCAUCAGCCUGACAGUUGAAUCAGGUAUCGGACGCGUCGUUGUUCUGGCAGUUGCUGUGGUUGUUGUUGCUGUUAUUGUUGCUGCUGCUGUUCGGUGCUUCAGAAGACGUUAAGGACUCACAAGGCAGAUUUCAUGCCAGCCUCCUCCUGCUACAUCAGAUGACUGUGGGAAAGACUUUUUACAUUAUGAGGUCCAAUCAAAACGUGUCACCACACUCUGUUCACCUGCAGUUUUGAAUCUAGAUUCACUUAAACAGAAAACUUUGUUCACAUUUCAGAUACUUUCAUGUAUCAGAAUAUCCAAAUACUAGCCUAGACUAGGCCCUCUGACUGAGUGAAAGAUUUCCCACACUGGUCACUUGCGAACAGUUUCUCUCCACUGUGAACACCAGUAUAUUGACUGUUUUCCUGCAGCAGAUACUUUCCUCUAAUUGAGGCAGAGAAACAUUCCUGCUCAAUUUUCUGUUACUGAUACAGUUAAUUAAUACAUUCAUUUAUUUUAUAAAAAAUAAAUCAAAUAGAAAAAAGAGAAUAAUGUUAUAAGGUCUUAUUAGAGUUUCUGGUGUGUGAUAAGUAGCAGUUCUGUUAAUCAGCCAGCAGGUGGCAGCAUCUGGUCAGAGGACACACAUGAUGACAAAGAUAAAUUCACUUUUUCAGUAUCAAUCCAUCUGUUAAAGAAUUUCUUGAUGCAGAAAAUAAAGAGCUUCAGAUGAAAAGAA